CAUCUUUUGGUGUCAUGGGAUCGCUGUCAGAAGGUACAGAAGCCUGUAUAUUGCCCGACGGCGCCCACACUUUUGCCGACUAUGCAAAUUGGCCUCAACAAAGCAUAUACUCCGAAGACGUUGACGUUCUAGCAUUCCAUGACCCGCAUAUCGCGGAAUCUUCAUCAGGGGGUGCGGAUAUUCGCCUCGAUUCCAUCUAUGAUGAGCCCGCUGCGCAACCCUUCCAGGGCAUUUAUGUGGAGGAGCCUAUCCCAUCAAAUUCUUCAGCCAGACCCGACGCGCAGCUGUCUGUCCCCGUUGUGCGGGCUAACCGAGCAAAGGAUAAAGUAAGAUGCACUCGGGACGGGUGCUCGGCACUCCUCAACAAGGAUAGCCUUGCUCGUCAUGUCGAAGAGGUGCACGAGGGCAAGAUUAAGGCUACUUGUACAAACUGUGGGAAGAUGUUUAAGCGUUCGUAUCAGAUGGAUGAGCAUAUCCGUCAUACCAGCUGUGGAAGAUCCUUAGGUUGAUAGAUUAUCUCAUAUCGUCGCUAGUUGAUCAUGAUUGUGUUAUUUAUAUGUAAUAUGGACUGGGUAAUGUACUCACUUAAUAUUUGUUGAAGUGGUUCCUUAUACGUGCUCUAGUGUUUGCUUGCUACAAGCCCAGCUUCAAGUUGGUGGCCAAAAUUUAAAAAGUUUGGAACUUCAAUGGAAGCAACGUUGGCCUGACGUGACGCGUGACCGGUGACUGAUGCCCUGUGAGAACGCUGACACGCCGGGACUACAUGUUUCCACAACUAGUAAGUACUCUAGCACUCUCC